AGGGAUGGGAAGAAAAGACAGAUGUAGCUGUGAGUUAUAUUCUACGAACUUGUCUAGCUCGUCCAGGAAAGGAAAUGCAUGCUACUACUCCGUCCCUAACUAUUCCCAAAGACAUAAUCAAGUUGAAGAAACACAUUUCGUCCUUGGUGGAUCGACUUAAUAAAGGAGGACAUCUUAGUGUCAAGGCUGCAGCUAAGGUUGAGAGUGAGGACCAGCUCCAAGGAACCAGUACAGAGACAGAGAUACAGGAGGAGGAUACAGAUACUCCACUGGGGAGCAGAUUUGGAGAGAGGAAGAGUGCUUCUGGAGACAGAGCUCGUCGUUCUGCAUUAAGAGAAAGGAAUGUAAAGGAAUUGUCUCAUGUGAUAGAGAACACACCAACUAACAUCUCAGGAGAUGUAGAUAAAGCAGUUAUUGAAGGACCUAAAGAUGUGGAUGACAUUGAUGAUGAUGAUUCUUUCUUUUGAAUUCAGUUAAAG